CACCCUGGCAAGGACCGUGAGUCGGUGGGUGGCACUGAGGACAAGGCUAUAGUACGACGACCACCACGACUAUUUAAUCCUUGUUCGCUGCUUCUCCACACAGAUCCGAUACGGAUGUUUGGAUUGAUUACAUCGCUAUUGCCCACAGUGGUUUUAACCGAGGAUAAAUAAGCGACUUCCUCUGAAUACGCAUCGAAGUACUGACAUUAUUGACAUUUCCUUCGGCUUUAGCCGAACGCAGUCAGUUGACUGUUUAACGCAUUUAUUACUUGUUUAUUUGGAUUGCUGGCUGUUAUUUUUUAAACUAAAUUAUUGUUGUGGUGUUUCUUUUGCACGUGCCGAAGAAUACGAAAUUUUUACAAUUUUAGAGUUCUGUUUUUGUGACAUUAGAUAGAUUGGCUGAGUUGCCUACAAACGUUUGGAACUGCUAAUUUUGCUGCUUCGUCGAGUGAGCCAUGAAUCAUACGCGUUGUGGCAUUAGAAAGAAAAUCAGCUGUUGAAACCAAAUAAAACGUAGAAAAUUAAGUACAGAUCUACUUUUUGCGCUGUCUCUUUUCUGAUUUGAGUCAUUACCAAAACCUGAGAGGUUUUGGGAGAAUUUUUGCGCCUUCGAAUAGCAGACUCAUUCCAGCUACGUUUAUGUAUAUAAAGUCCAUAAUUGGAUGCAACUGUGCAUUUGUUGACGAUAUGGGUUAAAAUCUUCAGAGAGAGAUGACAAUAUAUAAAGAGAGAAAACAGAAAAGCAGAACCGUAACCAACUACAGUUAGACUGCUCUUUCUGUAAACUCGAUGGACUCGGGUUAAACUAAUGACAAAAGUAUUUAUUGAUACCUACGUUUGAAUACACAAAAACAGCCCUUCGUUUCCGAACUUCCUACUAUUCUGUGGGCAUUUCACGGCAAAGAGGACCCAAUCUUUGCAGAAAAAGAAGCAUACAUCUGCGGAUAAGCUUUUGUUCCGAAUAAAAGUUACAGAUACACAAGUUUGGAUACACAGCCAAGAUGAUAUCCAGGACUUUUCUGAACCCUGUGCAGCAUAUGACGUCAAGACAUCCUCUUUGCGUUGUCUCAGGGGCGCUGCUUGUAAUCAUUCUGUGCUGUUUUUCAACGUCACGAGCUUACGUCACUCGGAUCGAGCAGUGCGAACCGAUCGAGAUCCCUCGGUGCCGCGCCAUGCCCUACAACCUGACGCGCAUGCCGAACCUAGUGCACCAUAGCAACCAGGUCAACGCCAGGCUCGUGUUCGAGAAGUACGAGGUGCUUAUAGAUCGUCACUGCAGCGAUGUCCUCUUAUUCCUGCUCUGUUCCAUCUACGUCCCUAUUUGUGCACUCACGUCAAAGUCCACGGCCGUACCGCCAUGCCGGGGCGUGUGUGAGCGUGCACGUGCGGGGUGCGAACCUCUGAUGAACGCAUACGACGUGAGUUGGCCAGAGUUCCUCAACUGCUCCAACCUGCCUGUCUAUGAGCAGGAGAUGUGCGUUAUUCCAGAGGCUAUCGUCAAGUCGGAUGGCCGAAAAAAAGGUCAGUUAUGAGUCAAAAUUGUGAUGUAUUUCAUGUGAUUUAUGUGUAUGUAUUUGUGUUUGUAUGUAUUUUGUGUUU